GUUCUUCUGAACAAGGAAUCGAAGAAUUAUUUUCAGUUGGAUACUUUUAGAUUUCCAAAAUUGUGGGGAGGAGAAAAAUUUCCAUGGACAGAUGAUGCCUCACUUUGUCUACCCCUAGCUACGGCCCUGACUGCCCAGCAUUAUAUAUUAUUUAAAAACAACCAGACGGUGAACAAAGAGCUGUAGAAAGAGAAUGGAUCGCAACAUCCCGGAUGUCAGAGACAUCUUCGGACGCAGUACGGAUUCGUCACCAAAGAAACAGGAGCUGCGUUCGUAUGACUAUUCACCCCGAAGUCGCAGGCGCCAUGAAGAAUCGGAGAAUCACAGCCACAGGAUACCAUCCCACAACCACCAAUCUUCGGAUUACCGAUCCAACAAUUUCAGCAAUCCUAAGAAAAAUCGCAGUCGCCAUGACGACUACAGUGAACCGAUUAAGCAGAAUAUUAUCCGGAAAACAGACGACAAAUCCUCCACCAAGAGCAAAGAUUCGUCUCACUAUUCCAACAGGACUCUCACUGAACGCGACAUUCGUCAUUUGGAACGCCAUCUUUCAAUGAAGAAGACCAUCCGCAAGCAGAUCAGUCGAAACUUGGCACAAGCUUUCGUAGAUGACCCCGAGUUGGUUUUAAAUGAUUUCACGCCGAGUCCUGUUGCCAAACCUGGGAAUAAAGUCUCAGCUGAUCGCACUUUUACUCUGACCCGAGCUAAAGUGUCCAAAUCGGAGCAAAAUGUCCUGGAUCUACUAAAAGACAACGAGCCCGACUCGGGACAUUGCAGUGCAGAUAAUCCGAAUAGUUCCGACGACGAUUCUCAAGAGCAAACCAAGCACUAUCAGACGAGUAAAUACUCUGAGAAAACGAGUGGCAACAGCAGGCCUGUUGUUGAGAGCAACCGGAAUAAAAGUGAACCUCUCAAAGACGAUGGGAAAUUUUCUUUUUGGAAAAUGUUCUCCGUUAAGAAUAGAGGAAAACGAUGAUUGUGUGUUAAAAUUUAAAAUUUCAGUGAAUAUGACUUCGAAGUAACUGAAUUUUGUAGGUGCUUAAAAAGUUACUAAACGCUCUUACUGUCUGUGAUAAUCUAGCACUUGGUGGAAAAAAUGUUUGCUGACUUUCAAAAUUGUGCCUUCGAAUUUAAUACUAAUUUAUUAAAAUAUUGAACUUUUUACACGAAUUCAAGGUAGAACGGUAUAUGCAAUUCGUUAGAAUAGCUUUUUAUAUUAUUUUAGGCAACGAGAAAGCGAUUUUUUCCCCAUUGAUUAUAUUGAAUUUCAAUGGAAUUUAUUUUUGUUCAUGAACAAGAAUUAUGAGAGAAGUUUUUAACUGAGAAACUAAUUACUAUUUUAAAGGUUUGA